UUGCCUCCCUGCCAGCUCGCAUCCCCUCAAAGACAAAGCCAGGUGGAGGCUCCUCUCUGGCCAGUGGCAGUCUGCUUCCUGAGCUACUGUCCCCUCUCCCAAACAGGGUAAGCCUCCCCCUUGCCACUCCCACAGCUCUGCCUGAGGCAUGGAGCACCAGGUUCUCAGCUCAUGUGCGAUUCUUCCCGCUUCAGGCCUCAGUGUCUCUGUGCGCAUGGACCUGUCAGACUCAGGGGACUGCAGAGGCCUGUCCAGCUGUGACAGCAAGACCACAGACAGUCCGGAGAUGGACUGGCAGGGUCUGGGCUUACAGUGCCUGGCUCGGGGCCAGUGCCUACAGGGAAGUCCCGCCUGUCCCCUGGGCAGGUGGAGCGGGCUGCACAGAGCCUUUCCCACAUUCCUGGCCAGCCCGGCCUCCUUAUAUAGCUGUUUCCAGGCUGGGUCCAUGCUCUGUGCCCCAAGGGAGCAGACCUUCUGUGGCGCCCAGGCCUGGGCCUGCUCGCUGGGUUCCUGGGGAGGCUCUUUCCCCAGACUGCUGAACGGGUAUGUCUUCCCGAGUAAUCCCAAUCACAUCCAUAGUCAAAGGGAGAGCUGUAUAGAUGCGCCCAGAGGUGAGGCUUCUGGCUAAGUCAUGCUAAGGAAGGGGAAUAUUUACUUGUAGCCACAGACCCAGCUUCCUUCCCUUGGAGCAGAUGCUACUGGCGUUGACCGAGGCAGGGCUAAUGGAGGAGCCCCCUUCCCAGCCCUUGCAAGCCUGUCCCUGCGCCAGGGUCCCGAGUAGGCCCUGAAGAUGGUACCCUUCCCCAGUUCCCACCCCUGGGAUAGUGUCACUGAGUCCUCCUUCCCCGACCAAGGGUCUGGCACCUGGCCACUUUCCUGAAGCCUCUUUAUCCCAUCUGUGGCCCCAGACUCAGGAGCCAAGCUUUCCCAGAGCCACAGGGACAUAAGCACCAGCUGCGUCCGGAUCCCCUAGUAUUUAUUCGCUUUAUUGCUACUUGUUAUGAAAGCAAUCUUUCAACUUUAUUAAAGAAAAAUUGAAAAAACAUCAUCUGUAAUCCUACCCCAGGCCCUCCAGCCACCUCCUGUGGUCUGAGCCCACGACACCGGCACUGCCUUGGCGUGCUGACAGAUCGGCGUUCUGCCGUUUCUCACUCCAGGCGUGACUCACGGGCUCCCUUGACACGGCUGACCUCCGUGUAGGCCACCUGAACAUCGUCCCCUUCAGGAGCUCUGUGCUCUCUCUGUUCCAUGCUUCCCUCAGGAGGUUCCCCAGAGCGGGACUUCUGGGCCACCACGUGUGGGCGUCUUUAUGGCCCUCGGUUCGUAUUGCCAAGUGCAGAUCUUGUUUCAGAGGCCUUGCUGGAGUUGCACCAAGAGUCCUGGCUAGAAUAAUGGGGCCCAAACAGCAUCCUGAGGCCCCAGCAGAGAGAAGGGGGGCUCCUUGACCUAGCCUCUCUCAUCCCAGAAAUAAGGUGUAUCCAUCCUGCCUUGGCCCCAGCAGAUCUUGCCCCACUCAGGCACCCCAAGGGCUGCUUGGUGCAUCUGGGGUCCCACUGCCCAGUCACACUGACCUGACUUCCAGGCCCCUGCCUCCUGCAAACCACCCUCUGGCCCUCUUUCCAACCACGCCUGUGCUUCUCCCAGGCUGGGCUUAUGGAGAGCAGGCCAGUUCACUGCUAUGUCCUCCCGUCCUAGGGAGCCUGUCGGCGAGAUGAGCCAUGCAAGGGGUGGUGGUGGUUUGGUCGGAUUCUGGACCAUUCAGAAGGGGCGCCAGCACCUAACUCCCACCUGAGCCUGCUCCUGCUCAGUACACGUUCCCAUCCCCAGCCAAGGUCCACAGGACAUUCGCAGUUUGCCUGCUUAUCUGAGGCCACUGCGGUGUUUGGCUUGCAGAUCCCAAUUUCCCAGAACCUGCCCCCACAGGGGCGGGGCAGCGAGCAAGUUACAAAUUCAUUCCGCUCUUCCUCUCAAGUUCAGAAGCAGCCUGCCAGGCACCAGAGCCAAAAUGAAGACCCCAGCCCCUGGCCGCGCCUGCGGCGUCGUGCUGGUCCUGCUCUCGCUGGCCACCCUCCAGACCCUCAGGGCCCAAAAGAAUGACAUCGACAUCUACAGCCUCACUGUAGACUCCAGGGUCUCAUCCCGAUUUGCCCACACAGUCGUCACCAGCCGGGUGGUCAACAAGGCCAGUACUUUGCAGGAGGUCACCUUCCAGAUGGAGCUGCCCAAGAAGGCCUUUAUCACCAACUUCUCCAUGAUCAUUGAUGGUGUGACCUACCCUGGUAACAUCAAGGAGAAGGCUGCAGCCCAGGAGCAGUACAGCGCGGCUGUGGAGAGGGGAGAGAGCGCCGGCCUCGUCAAGGCCACUGGGAGAAAGACAGAGCAGUUCCAGGUGUCAGUCAGUGUGGCGCCCGCUGCCAAGAUCACCUUCGAGCUGGUGUAUGAGGAGCUCCUGGUGCGGCAUCUGGGAGCGUACCAGCUGCUGCUGAAAGUCCAGCCCCAGCAGCUGGUCAAGCACCUGCAGAUGGACAUUUACAUCUUUGAGCCUCAGGGCAUCAGCUUUCUGGAGACAGAGAGCACCUUCAUGACCAAUGAACUGGCAGAGGCCCUCACCACCACACAGAACAAGACCAAGGCUCAUGUCCGAUUCAGGCCGACGCUGUCCCAGCAGCAAAAGUCUCCAGAGCAGCAGCAGGACACAGUCCUGGAUGGCAACUUCAUCGUCCGCUAUGAUGUGGACCGGACUGUCUCCGGGGGUUCCAUUCAGAUCGAGAAUGGCUACUUUGUGCACUACUUUGCCCCUGAGCACCUGGCCACGAUACCCAAGAACGUGAUCUUUGUCAUUGACAAGAGCGGCUCCAUGAGCGGCAGGAAAAUCCAGCAGACCCGGGAAGCCCUCAUCAAGAUCCUGGGUGACCUCGGUCCCCGUGACCAGUUCAACCUCAUCAGCUUCAGUGGGGAAGCAACCCCGUGGAAGCCACAGCUAGUGGCAGCCUCGGCUGAGAACGUGAAUGAGUCCAAGAGCUACGCCACUGCCAUCCAGGCCCAGGGAGGGACCAAUAUAAACGAUGCGAUACUGAUGGCCGUGCAGCUGCUAGAGAGAGCCAACCGGGAGGAGCUGCUGCCCCCAGGAAGCGUCACCCUCAUCAUCCUCCUCACCGACGGCGACCCCACUGUGGGGGAAACCAACCCCUCAGAGAUCCAGAAGAACGUUCAGGAAGCCAUAGACGGCCAGCACAGCCUCUUCUGCCUGGGCUUCGGCUUCGACGUCAGCUACGCCUUCCUGGAGAAGCUGGCACUGGACAACGGUGGCCUGGCCCGGCGCAUCUACGAGGACUCGGACUCCGCACUGCAGCUCCAGGACUUCUACCAAGAGGUGGCCAACCCACUGAUGACAUCGGUGGCCUUCGAGUACCCAAGCAACACCGUGGAGGCGGUCACACAGGACGCCUUCCGGCUGUUCUUCAAGGGCUCCGAGUUGGUGGUGGCCGGGAAGCUCCGGGACCAGAGCCCUGAUGUGUUCUCAGCCAAAGUCAGGGGGCAGCUGCACAUGGAGAACAUCACCUUUGUAACGGAGUCCCGCGUGGCAGAGCAGGAGGAGGCGUUCUGGAGCCCCAGAUACAUCUUCCACAGCUUCAUGGAGAGACUGUGGGCGUACCUGACCAUCCAGCAACUGCUGGAGCAAACAGUCUCCACGCUAGAUGCUGAGAAGCAGGCUCUUAAGGCCCGAGCUCUGAACUUGUCGCUCAGCUACAGUUUUGUCACCCCGCUCACGUCCAUGGUGAUCACCAAACCCGAAGGUCAAGAGCAGUCUCAGGUUGCUGAGAAACCCGUGGAAAAUGGUGGCAAACCCAGGUCUCUCUGAUUUCCAGGUCACACUCUCUUCAGAUAUCAUUCCGUGGGAGGCAAAGCGUCCAGAGUAUCAGGAGGCAGCAUUGCAGACCCUGUCUUUUCUAAAAGAAGAGGCUGGAGAGGACAAGGACCACCUGGACCUCUUCAUCCUCCUCAUCUUCCUUAUCCACCCCACCGUACGCCCUGGAGACCAACGCCACCAGACGUGAUGCCACGGCUAUCAGCUACCUCAUUUCUUGAUGAACAUGACAUGGACUUAAGAAUCAAAGAAACAACCACGGCAUCCCCACACCACGCCCCCAUCCAGCCUCCUUCUGUCAUCCUGCCGCUGCCUGGGCGGAGCGUGGACCGGCUCUGUGUGGACCUCAAGCGCUCUCAGGGACCGACAAACCUGCUCUCAGACCCUGGCCAAGGGAUUGAGGUGACUGGCCACUAUGAGACAGAGAAGGGCCACUUCUCGUGGAUUGAGGUGACCUUCGAGAAACCCCAGCUGCAGGUUCGUGCAUCCCCUGAGCACGUGGUAGUGACUCGGAACCGAAGAAGCUCUGCAUACAAGUGGAAGAAAACUCUGUACUCGGUGAUGCCAGGUCUCAAGAUGACCAUGGACAAGGCGGGGCUUCUGCUGCUCAGCAGCCCUGACAGAGUGACCAUCGGCCUGCUGUCCUGGGACGGCCCUGGGGCGGGGCUCCGGCUCCUUCUGCGGGACACUGACCGCUUCUCCAGCCACAUCAAUGGGACCCUUGGCCAGUUUUACCAGGACGUGCUCUGGGAGCCCCUGGCAGCAGCAGAUGACAGCAAGCGAACACUGAAGGUCCAGGGGCAUGACCACUCUGCCACCAGAGAGCUCAAGCUGGACUACCAAGAGGGGCCCCCAGGAACGGAGAUUUCCUGCUGGUCUGUGGAGCUGUAGUUCUGAUGCAAGGAGUUAUGCCCAUCCGCCGUGCCGCCUGCUGGGUGCAGAUGGCUGCCACCCUGCGACCACAGGGCCACCUGUGGGUCCUGUAACAUCAUGGGGAGAGCCGCAUCGGUGGAGAGGCCCAGGAAGUUGCCUUCCUAGCAGCCAGCCCUUCCUUCGAGCUGCCUGUCCCCUGGAGCAGGGGCUCAUGGAAGCAUGCAGACACUGGUAGCCGUCCGGUUUCUCCUUGGCCUUUACUGUCACAGCCCUCCAUCAGGCCCCACUCUGUGCCUCUGUUCCAGAUGCCAUGCAAGCCCUGCCAGCCGCCUCAGUAGGAGCUGGCAUGUCCACUCAGAACAGGCUGGGGACAAUGUAGUCGCUGUGGACGCCAUCAAUCAGCCCUUGCCCAUUGUUGUGGACGAACCAGCAGGCAACUUUUGUGCCAACGCUGACGUCCUUCCUGUAGUCCUUCUGGGAGCCCCUGGGAGAAAGGAGAGAGAUGCACGGGGUAGGCAAGAUGGCUGCUGCGCCCAAGGACCUAAGGUUGAAAAGGCGUGUGAAGUUGCCAAUUCUAGGAGUCCAAACUCUGGUCAAGAAUGAGGCCUUGUGACUCCUUCUAGGGGGUCAGAUUUGGCCUUUUCCCAGUUAAAGGGGGCCAAGACCCCAGAGGGAAACAAGGAUGCCCCACAGACGACAAGAGCCAGAUGGGCUGAUGUGCGUGGGCAGAGAGAGCUCCUU